AUGGAAGAUGAGCGCGAUAACACCUCCGCCGCGUCUGACGACAUGGACGGGUUGAUGGAUCUGCCCGCGACCAAGUGCCGAGCGUUUGGCGUGCGUAACACAGUCGCUCUGCUAAGCGGUGCUGCGAUCCAUCCCUUUGUGCGCAAGGCGAGCGGCUAUGGCCCAGGGUUGCGUAGCAUAUCCCGCACGGCGGACAGCACUUCCGAAAGCGACAUUUCCGGAAUCACCAUGACUUCCGAAGGCGCUAGCAACGCCCAGACAGGCAGCUCGAUCGCCAGCGGCCAAAGCAUGCUGACGGUGACGGACACCUUCAAGACGGCUGUCGGGUGCAUCGAAGACCCAGGCGUAGACAAAAUUAAGGUGAAGCCGGAGGAUGCGGAACGCAGUGAAUACGACCUGCUGUCGGAGUUCUUAGUCGGCGGGAAGGGGGCAAAUGUCUCGUUUAUGCGCCUCUGA